UUAUCAAAUAGAUUAAUCUUUUGAGAUUUGAGUAACUUAUUAAACAAUUAAACAUAGACACAUAAAAGUUAAAACUCAGUAUGUAACGUCUUAAGUAAAUGAGGUAGUUCGCACUCUCGCCUUUGUAUUUCGCCCACUGUGAACUAUCCACUGGGUACUUAUUGCCUGCUGUUUAUGCUUAUCUUAUUUACUCGUUAUCAUUAAUCAUUUUCAUUAAAUUGUUUUUGGAUUAUAUCAUAAUAAACGAGUAUUCGUUGAGUGACGGUCGUGCUUGUGCCUAGCCAUAUGUUCAUAGUGAAUUUCACUUGAGUGUUUUCUUGUUUGUGUUCAUAUUAUUUAAACUUCCGAUUUUGUUUACUAUUAAUUGGUGCCCGUGUUAAUAUUGGAUAGGUGGAUCACUUUGGAUAGUGUUUCAGUAUAAUAAUGAACUUAUCGUUUGCUGGUUGUGGUUUUCUCGGAAUAUAUCACGUUGGUGUUUCGGUGUGCCUGAAGAAAUAUGCUCCACAAUUGUUGUUAGGCAAGAUAUCUGGCGCAUCUUUUGGUGCAGUAUCUGCUUGCUGUUUACUUUGUGACCUGCCUAUAGGAGAGAUCACAAGUGAUGUCUUGAGGAUAGUUGGUGAAGCGAGGGCAGGGUCCCUGGGGCCUUUCAGUCCCUCGUUCAACAUACAAAAUGUACUCUUAGCUGGAAUGGAAAAGCAUCUGCCGCUAGACGCACAUAAAAUUGUCAGUGGCAGAUUACAUAUAUCACUCACAAGGGUAUACGACGGCAAGAACAUUAUUGUAUCGGAAUUUGCAACUAGAGAAGAUUUGUUGCAGGCUCUCCUCGCGACAUGUUUUGUGCCGGUAUUCUCCGGCAUGUUGCCUCCCCGCUUCCACGGUAUUCGGUACAUGGAUGGCGGCUUCAGCGACAACCUGCCCGUCCUGGAUGAGAACACGAUAACGGUCAGCCCGUUCUGUGGCGAGAGCGAUAUCUGCCCCAGGGAUCUUAGCUCGCAAUUGUUUCACGUGAACCUGGCAAACACCAGCAUAGAGCUAUCCAAGCAGAACAUGAACCGUUUUGCCCGAAUCUUGUUCCCGCCGAAGCCCGAAGUACUUAGCAACAUGUGCAAGCAGGGCUUCGAUGAUGCGCUGAGAUUUCUCCACCGAAACAAUAUGAUUACCUGCACAAGGUGCCUCGCGGUACAGACUACAUACCAAUUACAAGAUGUUCUCAACGACACACCAUACGAUUAUGAUCCCGAAUGUGAGGAGUGCAAGGCUCAUAGAGAGGAUGCGUUGGUAGAUGAUCUGCCGGACACUGUCAUGACUAUCUUCCAAAACGCCAUAGAGUCUGCCAACAGCGGCCUCGUCAACUGGGUGCUUCAGCGACGCGCCGUGCGAUACGUCUCCCUUCUAGCCCUGCCGUACACGUUGCCAGUCGACCUGCUCUACGCUACAUUCACCAACUGUGUCGGUGAUAAGGUAGAGUCGCAUUCGCAUCAGUUCGCAGUGGUGGGCAAUGUCCGCGUGGUUAGAAAGAGGUGUGUCCGACACAACAAUACCAUAUCUAGAUUCGUAGCUUGCACGCCGAAGAUGAGCAAGUCCCUGUGGCGGCUUAGCUGGCGGGUGUUGGCGCAACUUCACGCAUUCCUGUACUCUGCGCACGACCGCUCCGAAGUGGCACGUGUCUACUACAAGAUGACUAUGGACCACGACGAAUACCGACUCGACAAACGAAGGGCGAGUGAACUCCGCAUUACCUACGGCGAUGGACCCUCCGAGUCGGACACUUUCGAACACAUCCUCAACGUGACUAACCACAACGAUGCCCUUCUGGCUUACUACUAUCUAGACGGUGAUAACAAGAUGAAGCUAACGGAGAUCUACGACGUCACAGAAGCAGACACUGACGCGGUGCAGUCGCCUGCCGAGCGCGACCUCAACCGGCAGCUGGAGUUUGACAACGACGAGUGGGCUGCCGACCUCGUCGCCGUUGAUGAUGAUGAAAUAGACCUUGAGGAUCGCAACAUAUUCUCGGAUCCCGAAAGUGAAUGGAUCCGGAAGAAGUCCUACUCCAUCGGGUCGAGCAGCGACGGAGACCAGCCCGAGGCAGAUCGACCCAUCUCCUUCUCUUACGCCGAGUAGCAGCAGAGACUGAGUGAGGCGGCAUAGUUUCUUACAGUAACUACGAUUCAUGUUAUGCACCUUGGAAGUAAAAUAAUGUACGCCUUGUCGUUGAAAAAAUAUCUUAAAUAAAAAUAUUCAAAGCAUUAAGACAGUUAGAUUGACGUAAGUAUGCUCAAAAUUAGCCGACGCGUUUUGUCUUUAGACCGCAACAAAGAAACAAACAUAUAUGUACAUAGAAUGAUAGCUACAUUAGUCAAGUGAAAAAACUUUGUUGCACUAGUAAUACUAACAACUCUAUAUAUUUCCAAAUAUAUAUAUAUAGAGUUGUCCAAUGUGACGAGUUAUUAUUAGAGAAAUUAUAAAAUGACCGAGAAGCAUAACAAAAGUCGAAGCUGUACUUGGUGACCAUUCGAGUCUAAUGCGAUCUCUUUCUAACAUAGGGAGUAAGAAUAGACAGUGAAUAUUAUUAAGAUGUUUGAGUAUUGGGACCUCAAAUGAAUACAUAUUUUUCAAGAUUGAAACUUUGGACUUAUCCACCAUCAUAUUAUGACGACAGGACGAGAGAAGGAAGGAGAAGCUGUUUUUUAUGUUUUAGAAUUAAAUAAUACUUUGAUUUUUUUUUCUGAAUUAUAUAAUUAACCUAAAUUGCUGGUUUAUUUAACUAAACCACACAUCCAUGACAUCCGGGCUAUAUUUACGCGAAACAGGUGUUUGUUGAAAUAUCGUAUGAUUCUUGAUUUUGCGGCUAGAUCAAAUAGAUAGUUACUCUAUGAACGAUACAAUGUUUUUUUACUGUUAAUCGAAAUCGUUUUGUACAGAAUUUUAGGUUUCAUUAAAAAUUUUGUGCCAAAAAUAAUAAGCGCUACACAGACAAGCGACUUUUCAUUGUCAUUAGAAAAAAUUUACGUCAAACAAAACUUUUUCUCAUCCAUUCCAUAGCUUUCUUUUGCCAUCGUUCGUUAUAUUAUGUGGACCUGUUUAAGACGGCUGAAAUAAAGAUGGCUAGAUGUACGGAAAACCUUUAUGUAUUCAAAAGAUUAUAGUAUAGAUAAUCUAUAUAUAGAUAUAUGUAUAUAUAGAUUAUACUAAUUUAUGUAUUCAUUUUACGCUCACUUGACUACUUUUUAUAUCACAAUAUACCUCUAUAACUGUUCUUCAUCAUGUCAUUUCAUCAUCAUUACUGGAUCACCCCCGGUAUGUUAAAGGCAAUAAAAGUCUAUUAUCUAGUGUGUACGUUAUUGUAUUCGUCCUGCUGGUCAUCUGCGUCGGAGUCUAAGCGCUCCAUAAGGGUGCUAAUAUUUAAAGUAAUUCAUGUAUAGCCCCUAUUCUUUAUAUAUUCCGUAUAUAUAUUAUAAUAAUAGACGAAAAUAAUCUACGUUUAUACACAGGGAUUAGGUGUAAUGUGUUAUGUUAAGGCAAUAUUUACAGAAUUUAAAUUUUGUGUUAUUAAAUACGAAGAAAAAAAAAAUCAUUAACAAUAAAUAAAUAUGAAUAGACUACUUAGUAAACUUAAAGGUAAAACUACGCAACGCGUGGUCACCGCAUGAACUCAUGACGUGACGUGAAAGCGGGAAGGCAGAUACGCGCACCUGUCGGCGCUUGCGCUUAACCUACGAAAUAGUCAUUGAGUGCGGUAUUUCAUUUUUUAUAGGGAAAUUUGUUCAACUAUUAAGUACCUUACUCUCACCUCAGUCUGUAUAAAUAAUUAUAAUGAUUAAUGUACAUUUUAUCCAAAACAAAGUAUAUUGAUACGUUCUACUUUUGUAUUUAUUUAUUUUUCCUAUUAUUUUGCGCAAAGUUCGAUUUUGCGCAUGCACUUGCGUUCGCAAAGUACCAGUUUCUCACACGUUGUCAAGAGCGUGCAGGAAUGUAGCUGAGGGUGCGGGAAUGUGGUGACCGUGCGGGAAUGUUUGAAAAUAAUUAUAGCGGUCGAACUUUGCGCAACUUAAUCGGAAAAAUAGUAUACGAUACUCGUGUGCACGUAGGUCAUCCUGCAUAUCAUGAUAUUAUAUUAUUUUAUGUGCAUUAAAUGUAUGUUCAUCAUAAUAGCUCUCUUUGUAGGGAGUUGUUAAUGUCAAACUUUGUGCCUGAAAAAAAAAGUGUUGCUUUACACAUGCGCAAUUAUAACAUACAGUCUUCGGCUGAAGCAUAUUAUUUUAUUAUUUUUUAUAUAUAAAAGAGAAUUGUAACUUUUUAUUAUUAAACAGUUUGACGGUAUUGAAAAAUAAUAUUAAAUAAUUUACGCGCUUAUAAGAUUUUUGAUAAAAACAAAAUUCUUUAGUCCUCCAUUUUCUAACUAUAUUUCUAUCUUAAACUCACGUCUGUUUCUUUAUUCUUUUUCUAUCUAUAUACCAGAUAAAUAUAUUUUGUAUGGCUCAAUAUAUAUUGUAUGCAAUGACGAAAUAAUAAAAGGAAGUCGUAUCCGAAUUCCGCGACCGGCCGUGACGUCAAAGUCCACAAUAAUUCCUCUCGCAUCAUGUUGACGUCUUGCAUUCUACAACCGCGAGAUUUUUGCGACAAACUUUUUGCGUCCCACAGCUAAUUUUUGGAAUCACUUACCGGCUGCAAAUAUCUCGCACCGAUACCUUAAGGUCGGUAACACUUCUCUUGGUUUUGCGGAGUCCAUGGACGGUUGAAUCACCACUUCUCAUCACAUGCCAGCCGGUUUGCAUAAAAUUGUUUUUAUAAAAAAAAAUGAUACUAAUAUAUUUUUUUUGGACAUGUAUAGAAGUAAAGUAGAUAAGUUUAAAAACAUUUAAAUCAACGACGAUUAUCACUAUACUAUAUUACUUAGGUGAUCUAGUUAUAAACACUUACUGCCCUCUACUUUAAAGCAAGCGAGCCUUAAUGCAAGACUAGUUGACUUACAUACUUAGAUCAUUUAGACUAUGACAGCUGUGAAAAUGUCGAAAAAAUAGACUUUAUAAAAUGAAAAUUUAUUGAAUUAGGCGUUACUUUGCGGAAAUCCAUAAUUAUACAAAUGAUUUGAGUUUACUUUAGUGUAAAUUCCGCCAAUAUUUAUCUUUAAACAAUUCGACACGUGUUUUACUGCAUCCUCAGAACGUGUUGUCUCGCCAAAAUCUGGCACGAGACUGAGUCUUAGUCUCGUGCCAGAUAGUGUAGAGUAGAGGUGUAGACCUGAGAAAGAAAACUCAAAUCAUUUGUACUUUAUGAAAUGAAAAAUUUUCUAUUUGAAACGUAUAGUACACAUAAAUAUACAAAUAACUUAAAAUAUAACUUAUAAAGGAUACAAAAUAUAAACAAACAAAAUUUGACAGGUUAAUACUACCUAUGCAUUUCAAAAAUGGUCUCAACUCAGCAUGUUUGCUGGUGUGAAAACCAACGCUGGUCUUCCGUUGGGCCAUUUGGUGACGUCACGCUAAAUAUAAUUUUAAAUAAAACAAAAGUUAUUUUAGCUAGUAAAUUAACGUAACGGGAACUAACCUCUAUUUUAACACACUAAACUAAUAUUCCUAGCCUGGCCUAGCCUCUUUCUAGACGUAUAAAUUAUUAUCUAAAACUUACAUCCUUCGUAUUGGUCAUAUAAUAAAAACAUAGGAAAUCAAUUUGAUUAGUAGCACAUUCUAGAACCUUGCAGAACGAACAGAAUGUAAAACGAAUUUCUCUUGUGGUCCACACGAAUUAUUUUAAACGUGAAAAAUGUAUAGUUAAUCUAUUAUAUUGUUGUAUCUUACUUUGUUGUAUUUCACACGAUAACAGUGUUUUAGUGUCGCUUAGUUAAAGUAAUAGAAAAUUAAAAAAAAAUCGUAAAGUAUUUAUUGUUGAAAUUGUAGUUUAGAGUUUGUGUUAGUUCAAUAUUUUAUGUGAUAUUUUGUUAAUAUAUUAUUGCUGCGGAAUGAUAACAAAAAGGAUUACGUUGCAAAUAUUUUAGACCAAACAGCUGUGAUUUUCCUUCAUUACGACGAAAAUUAAUACGCGGCGUACGUGAUUAGCCUUUUCGAGUUACAGAUACGAGAAGCUAAGAGUCCUGUUGUAUAUCCCGUCGGAAAUAUCCGUAGCCCUGUCGAUUUAUGUCUUAAUGUCGGUGCACCAACAAAAUCAGAUAUCUAUAUGAAUUCACUACAAAAGUUCAAUUUUAUCACCGCAUAAUUUUAUUUUACCUGCUAUUUGACUUAAUUACUUGAGAAAAACGUACAUAUUUAUAGUAAUUACUAGGUUUACGAAGAAUUUUCACCCAUUGUAUAACAAAUAAGUUUAACAAUCAACAAUGAUAUCAAAUAAACUUUAUUAACUUCAAAAUUAACGGAAGUAUGCUCGCGUUAGCUUGCGUCUGCUUUCGUUGCCGACUGUACUUAAGGGGGUGCGACGUGCACGUGAGAGUUCGAGAUGCGACGGGGGGGGGGGAUAUACAUUGCAUCAAGAUCCACAUAAAUUUCCGACGGGUAAUGCAUAGAUAACAUAAGAGCAAUACCUGUUUUUGUAAAAGUCAAAAAGGGCAUAUAUUUUUUCAACAUUGAUUCCUUUAAAAUUCCUUUUGAUGUCAUUUCUAAUAUACUAGAUACUACUACUUAGGAAACAAAUGGCGCUCUGAGAGAGAAAAAGCUGCGCAAGAAACUCUCGCAGCAUUCUUUUUUUGCGCUCCUUUUAAUGAAACAAUAUUGUACUGUCAUUGCUAUUGCUAUAAAGUCAUAAUCUAGUCCCAGGUUGUCCGAUCACUUAGAUAUUCAGCUGUGGUGUAGAAGGAUUUACGUUUGUUGUAGUUUGUACUGUUGGCUGUGAUCCUACGACCCUGAUGAGUAUUACAGUGAAAUGUGUUAAACCUUUUUGUUACUGUUUCGUGGUAAUAUUUUACUUCGUUGUAAGAAAUUGGCCAUUUGGCUACCAUUGUAAAAUGGACCAAAUGUGACCUUAGUACCUAGAUAGAUAUUUUUAUAACCAAUAAUCAGAUUCGUCUAUUGCUGUACCUUAUAUUUUAUAUAGUGGCGGUGAAAGAUGUCACAAAUUUUUAAAUAAAAGUUUGGGAAAUUU